AUGGAACACACUCGACCUCAGUAUGGCCGCAAGCGCGUCAGCAUCGGGAACAUCAUCGGCGACCCGUUUGCUCUCGCGACGCUAUCAAUUGCCACACUCGCAUGGAUCAUUUCUUUCGUUGCGACCAUCAUCGCCCAUCUUCAGGUUCCAAUAGAUUUUCCCCUCUAUACAUAUUGGGCGCUAGUCUUUUACCCUGCCAUCAUCGUCGGGAUAUUCCUCGUCAUCGCCUCUGACAGCGUCCAGACGUACCAUGUCGCGAUUGUCGGCUAUCUAGGUUGCGGCCUGGUGGUUUCGACGGCAGCAGUUAACGGCCUGAUCUAUUCGCCGAAUGGCGCCAAGGAGGCUUCGGCGGCGGGCUUCAUUCUUCUGGCCAUGGUGACGAUCGUCUGGAUCUUCUACUUUGGUUCCGCCCCCUCAGCUGUGCCUCGCGCAUACAUUGAUUCGUUUGCCCUCACCAAGGAAGGCGAGUCCACGAACCGACAUACCAUGAAUGGCGUGUAUGGGGUACGAAGACCCGAGACCUCAACCUCAGUGCAACCGCCCCAGAUGUACACUGCUCAAUUGAACGGACUCGAGAAUCCAUCGCCUGUUGGCGGUAUGACCUCGACGAUGAGAAACUCGACGGCGGCCCCCGCGUUCUCCUCGACAACCGCGCCAAAGACAACAGUCCCGGCAAGCGCAGAUGCGGAAAUCGUGCCCCCGACGGAGUACCCGUACCGGGCGAAGGCCAUCUACAGCUACGAGGCGAAUCCUGAGGACGCGAACGAGAUUUCCUUCUCCAAACAUGAGAUCCUCGAGGUCAGCGACGUCAGCGGCAGGUGGUGGCAGGCACGGAAGGAGAACGGCGAAACAGGCAUUGCGCCGAGCAACUACCUCAUCUUAUUAUGA